UGGUUGGUAUAAUAUUUUUUUAGUUUUAUUUUUAUUUAUUUAUUUAGUUAUUUAUGUAUAAGGGAAACACAUUACACUAAUCUUCUGCACCUAUCAUAGUCUGUUUACCAAAUUCAUAUUCUACUUAUAUACAUAUACCUCACCACCGGCCGACGAGACGACGCCGCCCAAAUCCGGCAAGCUCAGCUUUCGAGACCCUCUAUUUAACUCUGCGCCACCUUGAAUUUCGGCCGCAGCUUACCGCCGAAAGGCCCAUCACAAAUAGUCACCGCUUUUCUUUCUCUCUCUCUUCGUUAGUCAUAGAGUUUCGAAUAAUAUGAUAGACCUACUCCGGAGUCGGUGACGGUGAGAGGAACGACAUCCUAGCCAGCAGUGUUCCGUCAAAGUGAGGAAAUAAGUAGUAAAAAAAGACAUCAUCGUUAGAAAACGUGAAAUUUGAAUUUUUAAAUUUUAGGGUACUUUUUUUUUGGAAUAAAUUUUGAGAAUUUGGAUCCAAAAAGUUGAAACCAAACACAAAGAUGAGCGUUGUGCCGAAGGAAGCAAUUGAGGUCAUUGCUCAAAGCAUUGGCAUUACCAAUUUGUCCCCAGAUGUGGCCCUGGCUCUGGCUCCUGAUGUUGAGUACCGGGUUCGUGAGAUCAUGCAGGAGGCAAUUAAAUGCAUGCGCCACUCUAGACGCACUACUCUUACUACUGAGGAUGUGGAUAGUGCACUGAAGUUAAGACAUGUUGAGCCUAUAUACGGUUUUGCUUCGGGCGAUCAUCUGCGGUUCAAGAGAGCUGCUGGACACAAGGAUUUAUUCUUCAUUGAUAACAAGGAUGUGGAGUUUAAAGAUGUAGUUGAUGCACCUUUACCCAAACCACCACUUGAUGUAUCGGUUAGUGCUCAUUGGCUGGCAAUUGAAGGCAUUCAGCCUGCAAUUCCUGAAAAUGCUCCAGUUGAAGCACUUGCAGCUUCCUCUGAUGGCAAAAGAACUGAGAGUAAAGAAGAUGGGCUUUCUAUUGACAUUAAAUUACCUAUUAAACAUGUUCUGUCAAGGGAACUUCAGCUUUACUUCGAUAAAGUCACGGAGCUUACAGCGAACAGGCCUGGCUUUACCAUUUUUAGAGAAGUGUUGAUCAGCUUGGCAACAGAUUCCGGACUUCACCCUUUAGUUCCUUAUUUUAUUUACUUCAUUGCUGAUAAGGUUACACAAAAUAUGAAUAAUUUUCCUCUCCUAUUUGCUUUGAUGCGUCUUGCCAGAAGUCUUCUUCAAAAUCCAAGUAUACAUAUAGAACCUUAUCUUCACCAGUUAAUGCCAUCUGUAGUCACAUGCCUUGUUGCUAAAAGACUUGGGAAUAGGGUUUCUGAUAAUCAUUGGGAGCUGAGAAACUUUGCUGCAAACCUGAUUGCUUCAAUUUGCAAAAGAUUUGGGCACGUUUAUCACAAUCUGCAGUCGCGCGUGACUAGAACUCUGCUUCAUGCUUUCCUGGACCCAACAAAAGCAUUACCUCAGCAAUAUGGAGCUAUCCAAGGUCUAGCAGCUCUUGGUCCAAGUGUGGUUCGACUGCUUGUUCUACCAAAUCUCGAGCCAUACAUGCAGCUUCUUGAACCAGAAAUGCUACUCGAGAAGCAAAAGGACAAGAUGAAGAGGCAUGAAGCUUGGCGUGUAUAUGGAGCCUUGCUGUGUGCAUCUGGUCAGUGCAUGCACGAUAAGCUGAAAAAAUUCCGUAGCAUUUUUUUGCCUCCUUCUCGUGCCACUUUGAAGAGCAAUGGGAAGAUUGCAACAGUAAAGACAAAUAAACGCAAAGCAAGUGCAGACAAUUCGAUGCAGCAACCGCCAUUCAAGAAAAUAGCCACAGAUGGAAGCAUGGGGGGCAUGGCGAUUAACUCCAUGCAAUUGCAAACUGACAUGCAAGGUGGAUUUUCAACUGGCAUUGUGGCUUCCCAGGGUGUUAUAUCAUCAAUGUCUCGGUCGUUAACAAAUGAAAGCUUGCCAACAAGAGAGUUGGGAGGUCAAAUGACAAAGAAAUCUUCUGUUCUUGCUCAGGCUUGGAAAGAGGAUAUGGAUGCAGGUCAUUUACUGGCGUCAUUGUUUGAAAUUUUUGGUGAAAGUGUGUUCUCCUUUACUCCCAAACCUGAGUUAGCCCUCUUCUUGUGAUUGAUUCCUGAUCAGUCGAAUCUACUGUCAAGGUUAUGUGAAUCAUAAGUUUAACUGGAAUAGGUCAUUGAAUUUUAAUCUCUUGUAUGAGGAUUGUAAUAGGUUAUAAAUGUGAAUAUGUAAACUAAUGUACUUGAGAAACUAUAAUUUACCAAAGGGAUGUUCAAAGGCAUAAAUUAUAAUAACUUAUUUUAAACUUGAAGCAGCAUAAUAAAAAACAAAUCACUUGCUGACC